AUGCUCUCAGCCGCUAGUAUUUUAUUAAUUGUUUAUGCUGUUAUUAUAUUGAUUGCCCUAGGCGGUAAUUUGCUGGUAUGUGUUGCUGUAUAUUGCGAUCGAAUUUUACGACGACAGCAAGAGAAUUUAUUUUUGGUAUCACUUGCUGUAUCUGAUCUUCUCAUAUCUUUGCUUGUGAUGUCAUUCGCAGCAUCCAAUGAUAUUCUUGGAUACUGGCCAUUUGGCCACUUGUACUGCCAACUUUGGAUAUGUUUCGAUAUUACGUGUACUACAGCUUCGAUACUCAACCUUUCUGCAAUUGCCUUGCACAGAUUUCUGCAUAUCAGUCGUCCACUCGUUUAUGUCAGGAGGCGAAAAGUAUUCAUCGUUAUAAUUUUUGUUUGGCUAAUAUCAGCUAUCAUCGGUUUCACGCAAAUUAUUCUGGAAUCAGCGCAAAGAAAUGGAGGAAAUGUUAAAUACAACGAUUCCCAACCGCGAUGUGAGUUACGACUUAAGCCACUGUAUGCAUUAGGCAGUUCAAUGUGCAGUUUCGUUAUUCCCGCGGCGAUGAUGAUACUUCUAUAUACCCGUCUGUACUUGUUCGCCAGGGAACAUGCUAAAACAAUGCGUAUCCAACUUCAGCAGGCAGCUAACUUCUCUGUAACACUGGAUGCUUGUGAAGGAAUUCAAAAUAAUAGUAAUGUUGGAUUCUUCUGUGAGAGGAUAUUUGCAACUUGCCGUCGCUGUCACAGAAAUAAUCUUAUAGUAUCAGAACGAGUCAAAUCGAAAAAUACGUCAUCACAAUUUUGUGUCACUGAUCGGAAAGCCAGACUUACACUGGGAGUAAUAAUGGGUACAUUCUUGAUAUGUUGGCUGCCUUUCUUCAUUGUAAAUGUCAUUCGUUCAUUUCUUCCAGCUUUAAUAUCCGAUAUGCAGUUCAAGGCUGUUACGUGGUUAGGUUAUGCAAACUCUACGGCGAAUCCAAUCAUUUAUACGAUUUUAAAUAGAGAUUUCCGAAUUGCUUUCAAAAAGAUAUUGUUUGAUGAUGUGUUAUGCUCAAGUCGGGAUGUUUGCUUAAAUGGCAAGAUGAUCAAAGGCAAUAAGAUUGAAAUGUAA